AUGUGGAUUUCCGGCAAUCCCUCCUUUAAGAGGAGUGACGACAAGUAUGCGAGAGUCUCACGCGGAGUUUGGGAGCUUGUGCUCGACCUGCAGCAAGACGUUCUUACUCAGUUUUUGUAUUCGCGGACAGAGUUGAUUUGCAGGCUGGUUGAGCAAGGUGCAGUGACUUUAAACAUGAGCACUACCCGAGAGGAUGGCGCGAGUCGACUCGUAAAGAGCCGUUCGCAUACUGAUGCGGUGUGCAAGCUUAUCCUUGUGUUGAAGGAGAAUCACCAGCUACGAGAGACCCUCCAGCAGCAGCGGAAGGCUUCUUCAGCAGGUGUAAGCGCUCUACACUCUCAGCUCGAAAGUCACAUCCUUCGUCUGCAGCAGCAUACAGAUGAGCUUAGAGGGACGGAUCAACAUCACAAAGCCUGCCUGUGCCGGCCUUACCAUGAAGGUUUUGUUUCGGUUCUCUGUGCUGUACAUUGA